ACGUCUCGUUAGUCGUUGACGUUGAUCGUAUAACGAUUAACGUAUUCGUAGUAAUGGUUGAAAUGGAUGAUUCCAUAAGUAAAUGGUUAGAAAACACGCCAAAUCACACUUGUUUACGAAUAAAUAGAUUAAAAGGAUUUAACAUUCAAAAAUUAGAAAAUAUAUUAUUAUCACAACAAAUUACUUUAAAUUUAAACGAAAUACCUCAAUACUAUUUCAUACGACCAGACUGUUUAAUAAUAAAUCAAUGGCCAGAAACCAUAGCCAGAGAGAAAGGUAAACAUAAGGUCAUUGUAGAUGCUUCAUGUGGUGCAGCUGUUUUGAGAGGUUCUCAUGUUUACGCACCUGGAGUUCUUGGGCUGCCAUCUGGAUGUACACUUGAUGCCUUAGUUGAUAUUUAUGCUGACCUUGAUGGGAAGUGUAAAAGAGGACUAAAAGUGGAAUAUUUGGGAAAUAAGAAAUAUGUUGGCACUGGACAUUUAAAAAAGCUACGCUCUCAUCUUUUUGAUGAAGGUAUACAACCAAGUGGUGUAGCUGUUGAAACCGUAUAUCCAGAAUCUAAAUUAGUGGUUUUGAAUGAGACAUGCUUUUCAAGUGGGCAAGUUGUUUUACAAAAUUUGCCAUCUAUUGUCUGUAGUUGGGUAGUAAGCCCUCAGCCAAAUGAAAACAUUCUUGAUAUGUGUGCUGCCCCGGGUAAUAAAACAACACAUUUAGGAGAAAUGUCAAAUAAUAAUGCUAUCAUCACUGCUAUAGAUCGAACAGAGAAAAAGGUUGAAAUUAUUAAAAAAAAUUGUGAAUUACAAGGGCUAACAUGUAUCAAUGCAUUUGCAUAUGAUUCAAGAAAAAUCUAUUCAGAAACUGGCAAUGAAAGUGGUCCACCACCAUAUCCAUCAAACUAUUUUGAUAAAAUACUCCUUGAUGCACCAUGCAGUGGCUUGGGUCAAAGACCAAGAUUGAUAAGCAAUAAUAUGUCACCAAAAAUGUUGCAAUCAUACAAAUAUGUUCAACGGAAGUUAUUUGAAGCAGCUGUUAAAGUUUUGAAAGUGGGUGGUAAAUUAGUAUACAGCACAUGCACCAUUACUAUAGAAGAAAAUGAAGGAUUAGUAAAGUGGGCCCUUGACAAUUUCCCAAAUAUAAAAUUAAUAGCAGCUGAUCCUCUGUGUGGAGGACCAGGCUUAGCUAAUUGUGGUCUCACUGAUACAGAAAGGGCAAUGGUGCAACGUUUUGGACCUCAUGAAGACCCACUAAGGCCAGUUGACUCAGUUUACAGAAACUCCAUAGGUUUCUUCAUAGCAGCUUUUGAGGAAGUUGAAAAUAAUUAAAGUUGCCAGAAAUAAAAAUGAAUGACAUAAUCAA